CCGCUGACUGAAAUGUCAGCACGUUCUUAUGUCAAAAUUUUGUUUACAAAAGUCACGAAGAGCAGCAUUACUCUUUGUUGAAUGAAAUUACCCAAUUAGUUCGAUAGUAAACAGUAAUUCCCAUCGGAAAUGAGUACCACCAAUUUACAAUACAAGAUCAUACAUCCCGUAAAGUACUAUCGCGACUAUGUCAGCAACGACAUUCGACCCGACGGUAGAGGACACGAUCAAUUUCGACCGGCAAUUUUAAACGUUUCAUCGAUCGGAACGGCUGAUGGUUCAGCAAUAGUGAAAAUCGGAAAUACAACCGUUGUUUGUGGCAUCAAAGCUGAACUGGCCAAACCGAAAGCAGCGGAACCGGAAAACGGUUUCGUUGUACCCAAUAUUGAAUUGUCUCCACUAUGUUCGCCAAAGUUUCGUCCAGGUGCACCAACCGAGGAAGCCCAAGUGUGUGCGAAGGCCUUAGCCGAUUUGAUUGAAAAUUCGCGAUGUUUGAAACUGUCCGACCUAUGUGUGGCUAAAGAAAAACUGGUGUGGAGCUUAUACUGCGAUUUGGUUUGCUUCGAUCAUGAUGGAUGUGUUCUAGACGCCGCUAUCAUUGCAUUGGUUGCAGCUUUGAAGACAUUAAAACUGCCAAUGGUCGAGUACGACUACGACACGAAUUUGUACAAAGUGAAUGAGGAUGUGAAAAAUUACAUUUCCGUUAGAACAUUGCCAGUUGCAUCGUCGUUUAUGAUUUUUGACGACAACAUCAUCAUCACAGAUCCGAAUGCCGAGGAAGAGGAACUGUCUACUGGUAACGUGACAAUAGCUGUUUGUGAUGGAGAAAUAUGUUUGAUUCAUAAGCCCGGUGGCAGUCCGUUGACACCCGCACAAUUAGAAAGAUGUUUAGUGCAAGCAUUGAAACGUGAACAGUCCAUUCAGUCGCUGUUCAAUUCGGUUGUGGAGAAAAAUAAAUGAAAUGUUUCCGAA